AUGGGAGAUGAAGAUUGGGAAGCAGAAAUAAUCAAACCUCGUAUGUCUUCCUAUGUUCCUGUAUUUGAGAAGGAUAGGUAUUCUUCUGGAGCAAAUGGAGACACUUUUAACAGGACUCUGGCUUCAUUGUCAGAAAUGGAUGAUGGAUCUUCUCGAAGAGAUCAUUUCAUGAGAAGCAGAUUUGCCGCUGGGAGGAGUUUGGGAAACAGGGAUCCUGGCGAGUCUAAUACAAGAGAGAAUACAUCCACAGUGGGUGGCUUUAGAGUUGGAAGGAGUUUUGGAAACAGAGGUUUUUCAAAUAACAAGUUUGAAGAAGGUGAUAGCUCUGGUUUCUGGAGAGAGUCUAAUAAUGACCGUGAAGAUAAUCAAACACGGAACAGAGGGUUUUCCAAGAGAGGCGGCUGUCAAGAUGGAAAUGAUUCAGAAGCUUCAGGGUCAUCCAGAAGAGGUGGAAGAGGUAGUUUCCGAGGUUGCUGUGGAGGGUUUGUUCUAGGAAGUCCAAAUAGCAAAUAUGAACAAGAUGAGGGGACCCAGUGCACUGGUGGCAUUUUUGGCUCUAGAAGAUCAGCAUUAACUGGUGUAGGUAAGGGUGACACUUAUCAAAGCAGAAGUGGUAGUGGAAGUGGACGAGGUGUUUACAAAGGUUUAAAUGAAGAAGUAAUUACAGGCUCUGGAAAGAAUUCUUGGAAGUCAGAAGCUAAAGGAGGAGAAAGUGGUGACACUCAAGGACCAAAAGUGACCUACAUACCACCUCCUCCACCUGAGGAUGAGAACUCCAUCUUUGCACAUUAUCAGACAGGCAUAAACUUUGACAAAUAUGAUGCUAUUCUUGUAGAAGUAUCUGGACAUGAUGUACCACCAGCAAUUCUGACUUUUGAAGAAGCUAAUCUUUGUCAGACACUGAAUAGCAACAUUGCUAAAGCUGGUUAUACUAAGCUUACUCCUGUGCAAAAAUACAGUAUUCCUAUUAUACUAGGAGGAAGAGAUUUGAUGGCUUGUGCUCAGACAGGGUCUGGAAAGACUGCAGCUUUUCUCUUGCCAAUUUUGGCUCAUAUGAUGCGUGAUGGGGUAACUGCCAGUCGUUUUAAAGAGCUGCAGGAACCAGAGUGUAUUAUUGUCGCACCAACCCGAGAAUUGAUCAGUCAGAUCUAUUUGGAAGCCAGAAAAUUUUCUUUUGGGACUUGUGUAAGAGCUGUUGCUAUAUAUGGGGGAACCCAGUUGGGGCAUUCCAUUCGACAGAUAGUACAAGGCUGUAAUAUAUUAUGUGCUACUCCUGGGAGACUGAUGGAUAUCAUACGUAAAGAAAAGAUUGGUCUCAGACAAGUCAAAUAUAUAGUUUUGGAUGAAGCUGAUCGCAUGCUGGAUAUGGGUUUUGGACCAGAAAUGAAGAAGUUAAUUUCCUGCCCAGGAAUGCCAUCAAAGGAACAGCGUCAGACCCUUAUGUUUAGCGCAACUUUUCCAGAAGAAAUUCAAAGGUUGGCUGGGGAGUUUUUAAAGUCGAAUUAUUUGUUUGUUGCUGUUGGACAAGUGGGUGGAGCAUGUAGAGAUGUUCAGCAGACCAUUCUCCAAGUUGGCCAGUACUCAAAAAGAGAAAAACUUGUCGAAAUUCUACGAAACAUAGGAGAUGAAAGAACUAUGGUCUUUGUUGAAACGAAGAAAAAAGCAGAUUUUAUUGCCACUUUUCUUUGUCAAGAAAAAAUAUCAACAACAAGUAUUCAUGGUGAUCGAGAACAGAGAGAGAGAGAACAAGCCCUUGGAGAUUUCCGCUGUGGAAAGUGCCUAGCUCUUGUUGCUACUUCAGUAGCUGCCCGAGGGCUGGAUAUUGAAAAUGUUCAGCAUGUUAUCAAUUUUGAUCUCCCUUCUACCAUUGAUGAAUAUGUUCAUCGAAUUGGGCGUACUGGUCGUUGUGGAAAUACUGGCAGAGCUAUUUCCUUUUUUGAUCCUGAAUCUGAUGGCCAUUUAGCACAGCCUCUAGUGAAAGUACUGUCAGAUGCUCAACAGGAUGUUCCUGCAUGGUUGGAAGAAAUUGCCUUUAGUAUAUAUGUUACUGGCUUCAGUGGUAGUACAAGAGGAAAUAUGUUUGUAUCAAUUGAUACUAGAAAGGGCAAGAGCUCUUUGAACACAGCACGGUUUUCUUCUUCACAAGCUCCUAAUCCAGUAGAUGAUGAGUCAUGGGAUUAAAGCUAAAACAACCUUCAAGUUUGUGGUACAGUUUUGAUGUGGAGAUGAAAAUAGUUUUGAUUUUUGAUUUUUUUAAUAGAAGUAUGAAACCUGACACUCUUGUUUCUCCUGUCUUCUG